AAUCGAAAGAGGAUUGGGGAGAGUCCUCCGCCACACCGAUGCGUUAUUGACCAUUACAAUUAGUAUUUUUCCUGUCGGCACGAAAUUAGGGUUUUCAGCACAAGCGUAUGAGUGGAUGACCGAGUCAUCCUCGCGUUGGCGUCUGGAUAAUUCCGAAUUUUCGCUAGCAUCGAUGUUGCGAUUGCGCCGCUGUUUCAUGUACUCCUGUUUACGUGUCUGUACAGUUAACAAAAUGUACAAACCCUAAAACUGUACAGACUUUUUAUUCAUGGCUCAUCGAAAAGUCGGUAAUACCGUUCUUUUUAAGUUUCGAUUAUGAACACUUUACUGCAAUUGCAGAGGUGGGCGUACUUGAAAUUGUGGGUACGGGGAGAAAUAGGUGGUGGAUUCAUCGGGAGCUGUGUGGGUUGAAGUUUCCUCCGAAUUUGACAUCAUGAAGGAUGAAGGCCAGUACUGAGCAUCAGAAUGUAGGGUCUAGAACUUUUGUGCAUGUUGGCAAUCGUAGCUUGUGGAAGAUGGAGCAGUUCAAAUUCAGUUUUUUGUGACGAUCACGUAGGGAGGCAGUUCUGAAGAGGAGUCGAAUAAGACUUGCAGCUUUGUGUGCGUUUGCAUUUUGAGCUGAGAGAAGUGAGUAAUGUUGCGCUGAAGCUGUUUUUGAAGAGAGACUCGGACAUUCUUGAACGCGGUUGACUUUACAGGCUCUACGGGGCGGAGUGAGUAUUGGUUUCCUGAAUCUCAGAGACGGCUUUGCGGCAGGCUGCACAAUCUGGUCAUUCUAGAAAUUUUGUUUGAAAAGCAAGCAGUCUAGGAAUCUUCGGCCUCCCCCACGAGAGAAUCUAGGUCCAUUAACGACAUUCCGACCAUGGAUUCACAGAACGACUUCCAAACAAUCUUCAACUCUCUCCCAGAAUUAGACCCCGACUUUUCUCUGCCAGAGUUAUCUGUGACCAUUCUGACGAGGCGAGAUCAUUGGAAGGUUUACUGUAUUUUGUACCGGCUUCGCAAGGCCUGCAAGGUCUCCAAAGGAGUGAUAAGAAGGCCGAAUGGCAGGUUUUCUUGCGAGAUCAGAAUAGCGAAGGAAAUGGUCACCGAUGAGAGCUAUCGGAAAGGCAAAGUAUGGCUUGGGACCUUCCGGACCAGAUUUCAAGCAGCAAGAGCCCUGGAUGUGGGAAAGCUUUUCUUCAGCAGAAAGAAACGAAAGAAUUACCAUAAUCCAGAGACUGAAGCAAAAUUGUUGAUUUUUAAGGAGAACCCUGGUGUGGAGACAAUGAAGGAAAUGGUUGAAUAUGUGCAAGAACUUGCAAAGCUCUACGGGGAGAACGGGACAGUACCACCCUCAGACUGGCGUAUUAAACGUGUGCCACGGCGAAGUCGUCAAAAAAAACCGCGCCUUUCAAACUGUCCAUGAUCCCUUACUAUGACCUCACUACAACUCCAUUUUGUCUAUAUUUUCCCUCUACUGUUUUUAUCCAAGGACAAACUUCAAGUCUUUUCUGCGAAGUUGUAGAGUAUGGAAUAGUACCCUUUUUGCUCUGGAAACAUACGUUUACAAAGUAAGGUUUAUGAAAAAAAAGAGAAAAAAGAGAAAAAAAAAAGAGGAAAAAACGUAAAAAGAAAAGUCAACACAAUAGCAACGAUGAAAGCAUUAUAGAAUGAAGGAUAAUACUCUCGGCUAAAAUUCCUUAGGGCUUGAAUGUAUUUGUGUAGGGCCGACUUCAUUCAGUCUAGCUUCGAUUCAGACUUUCUGUACCAUACUAUUAUAAUAACGGCGCUGUUUCAGUUGUGGUUGUGUUGUAA